UCCUUACAUAUAAGCUUUCUCAUCGUCUAACUGGAGUCUCACGUUGAAAAAUUCAUGACUAUUGAGAUUACCAGCGAUGCCGACCUUCCAAAGUGUAUCCCCGCCAAAAAGGCCGAACGGCCCCGACCGCAAGGAUUUUUUAGUAGGACGGUGAUUGUAACACUGCAGAAUGGCGAAGACGUCGUGGUACAGUUCCGACUUGAACCUCUAGAUCUUGAGCCCUUCCAGGUUUCCCGGAGAGUGCUUGGUGCGACUGUCCCACAUAUCAAAGUGAUUCAGGACAAAGAGUUGGAGUCAGAGAAGAUAUGGGCUUACUGGAUGACGCGCAUACCUGGGAAAACAUGGCUCGAGGGCGCAAGAGGGAGAGUCUCACAAACGAGGGUUACUACCGUCCGAUCCUUGGGCCGGAUUUUGUCCAAAGGCUAUGUCGACGAUAACAGUGGGCUGGUUAUUGAUAGCAAGCUUCACCCGCAUUUAGAGCUACUCCUAGCCUCCGAAGAUCCCCAGAUCCGUCGAUUCCAUGUCGUGGCGAAGGAUCUGAUCGGCAAAUUAGACCAGCUCAAGAAUCUACCCCUUUUUGUCGCUCACUUCGACCUAAACCAUGUCAAUAUCAUGGUUGAUGAGGACUGCGAGGUUUCUGGUAUCAAAUUUUACAUGCCGCCCGAGUUUGAGGAUGCAGAGAGAGGAUUCUGGCAGGAGAUUUGGGAUGGGAUUCCUGAGAACGUUCGCAGUCGUGCCAACCCGGAGGCGGUCCAAAUCGCCGUCACGCUAGGGACGCUUCUGGGUGCCUUCCAGCUAGAGGACGGCAAAAUCGGACCCUACAACCCCGUAGUCGUUGGAGCCCUUCCAAAGUUUCUUACCCACCGCAUUGCCUUGAUAAGGGGUUCAGGCUCACCAUACUCAGAAUGA